CCUAGGCCGCCUAUAAUCAAUCGCCUUGAUUGCUACAACAUGCAUUACCCAAAUAUCAGAGCCAAAGGUAUCUGGGUCGACGAACGUAUGUCGGUUAUUACCAACAACUGUCCAGCGCCGGAGGAUGCCGUGAGACGGCUACAAUCGUUGAUGAAUACUAGAGUUAGCCAGUUUUAUGGCCUCUCAUCAUUCGGGUCCCAUGUCACAGACGGCGUACCCUAUGCACCCAAGCUGUUAGACCCAGACAGCCACAACUCUGAAUCCAGUGCUCUCGCAGUUCUAUUCCGGCCAACCGACCAUACUGCCCAGAUCAUACAGACCCGCAUUACCAAUGAUGCAGAAGAGAAGCAAAGGCUAAUCAACAAUCACACCGCAUUGGCAGAUGCUGCCAUCUUAGAGAUGAGCCGGCCAGCAAGUCAAACUAUGUCAAAGAAGUCUCGUCGGUCCCGAACCGAUAUUACGAAUAGCCAGCUUCAGGAGAUGCUGGUAGCUAUCACAGACCUGAAGAGCACUGUGAACGAACAAGGCAGGUCGAUCAUUGAGCUAAGGCAAAUGGCGGAGAAACAACAACUUGAAAAUGUCAAUAUUGGAAUGGAUCUAGAGUUAGAGAGAGCAAAUCGUGGUGAGGACCUUGCAGCGCUGCGACAGGUAUGUCAUGGUAUUCCUCAUUCUGACUACCAGCUGUAUAACACCCUCCCAAGGUCAUGCUGUCGAUGAUUCCUUUACGCACAUAGUGCAAAGAAAGAGGAUAUCCGCGCUGCAGUUGCAUCCCGGCGCUUAGAAUCCCAGGACCGGGGGUACUUAGAACAGAUGUUUGGCUUUUUAUAUGACGGAGCUGAUGUCUAGCCACUUUGAGAAUUGAUUCGCAGAUGCGGUAUCACUAGUACUGUACAAUGUAUCACGACUCUGAUAUCUCAACAUGUUGUCUUUGUAAAAUUGUAAUUACUAUUCCUGAAGCUUCCCAGUAGAAA